UAUAGUGAUAUUAAUAAUUAAAAUAAUAGGUAUGUAUUGAUUGAUUUAAUAUUAUAAUGUUUACUCAAUUAAUAAGUGUAAAUUUCUGUUUUAAUUUAUAUAUCUAAAACUUUUGUUCAAAUAAAAAUUGCAACUACAAGUAAAAAAUUCAAAUAAAAAUAAUAAUAUGCCAUCAGCUGUAUCAUCAAAAAAAAUUUUUCAAUUUAAAAUCAUAUUAAAAUAUACGCAACCAAAGAUCUGGAGACGAAUUGAAGUCCCGGAAGAAUUUACUUUUUGGGAGUUACAUUCAGCUAUUCAAGAUUGUAUGGGCUGGUCAGGUAUGCAUCCACAUAACUUCAAAGCUUUAAAUCCUAGAACUGGCAGAAAGGAUGUUAUUGGUAAAGAAAAUGAAGACUUGGAUAUUAUUUGUGAAAAAAAUACCAAAAUUGCCGAUUAUUUUCUUUCUCCUCAAGAUAAAGCCAGUUAUUUAUAUGAUUUUGGUGAUAAAUGGGAUCAUAGAAUUCUAUUAGAAAGUAUUGAACCUGCAAUUAUUGGUAGAGAAUAUCCUCAGUGUAUUGCUGGUAAGCAAGCAUGUCCACCAGAUGACUGUGGUGGUGUAUGGGGAUAUCAAGAGCUUUUAGAAAUUAGAGCAAAUCCAAAUCACGAAGAUUAUGAAGAGCGUAUGGAAUGGUUGGGUGAAGAAUUUGAUCCUGAUGAGUUUGAUCCUAAAUCUGUAGAAUUUGAUCAUCCAGAUAAUGCAUGGGAAUUUGGUAUAUAGUUUAUAUCCAUAUCAUGAGUUAAUUAUUUUUUUCUUUUGAGACUGAAUCUUAAGUAAAAGUCAUGUUUUAAAUUUUAA